AUGGCGGGCGAGAACACAGAAGCGGCGCUAGCCGACGCUCCUCCUCAAGUGACUUUCAAAAAGCGUUCUGCCAAAGCCAAGACAAGCCUGCGCAAGAAAGCCGCGACGCCGCCACCAACAGGCGAUUCCGAUUCCGAUUUCACCUCCUCAGACGAUGACGAGGGCCGGCGCAUAAAACGACGCCGGAAGAAUGCGACAGUGACAGCUUCGUCAGCAUCAAACAAUCUUGCCGCCCAUCGAAAGGCAGAUGGUGACAGCGCCGUCUACGCAGCUGCGGCACCGCUCGUUUCCUCAAACGAUGCUACGAAACAGUCGAAUUGGUACGACGAAGGAGAAAACAAUGGCCUCAGCGCAAAGGAAUUGCUGGGCAAAACAAGAGCUACAACAAAUACCGCUCCAUCCGCCGAUGGCACAUAUAGAGGCACGGGAAACUAUCAAUCUUUUGUUCGCAAAAACCCAGAUGCGCCGAGCAAGCAGUUCGGUCCCACGAAGGCGUCGACCAAUGUACGCACCAUAACACUUACCGACAUGGCUCCUGAUGUAUGCGUGGAUUACAAAAAAAGUGGAUUCUGUGGAUUUGGCGAUUCGUGUAAAUUUGCCCAUAUGCGGGAAGACUACCAACAUGGAUGGGAACUCGACCGAGAUUGGGAAAUCAAGACCAAGGGCAAAAAAGUUGUCGGGCAAACCGUGUCCUCGCGAGAGAAUAGGGACAAGGCAGCGGGAGACGACGAUGACGAAAACGACGACAAGUUGCUUGAGAGCAUCCCCUUUGCCUGCAUCAUUUGCAAGAAUUCUUAUAAAAACCCUAUCAUCACCAAAUGUGGGCACUACUUUUGCGAGUCAUGUGCUCUACAGCGAUAUCGAAAAAACCCAUCGUGCGCUGCUUGCGGCGCGGGCACAGGGGGCGUGUUUAAUAUGUCUAAGAAGCUCAACCAUCUUUUAGAGAAGAAACGAGAUAGGGCUAGGAAGCGUCGGGAAGAGGCUAUUGCCAACGGCGAGGAAGUGGAAAGUGGCGAAGAGGAGCCUAUUGGGACAGAGUCCUAA